AUUCAUGGAAAGGCGAGCAAUCAUGGUGGACGCUGUGCAAAGAGCUCGGCAAAGAUGGAAGAUUUUAGCGUCAGUUAUAAAGAAGCAAAGUCUAGACAAAGAGGAUAAUGAAAUAUCUGUACGUAGAUUUGAAGGAUUUAACUUGUUUUCUAAACAUGUUGUUCACUUUGACAACGAAUGUGAGGCUGAUUAUGAAUGGCUGGACUAUCGGCAUGACAGCAUCGCUGAUCAAUCAUUGUUCAUAAAGCAACGAUGUAGAAAAGUCAUCCUAGAAGAUUUAACUGGUUUUGACAACACUGGAAACGUGUGUUUGUGGCCAUCAGAAGAAGUACUAGCUUCUUAUGUGCUAAAUCAGAAAUAUCAGUUUGAUGGGAAGGCAGUUUGUGAGCUUGGCGCUGGGAUGACAGGCUUGGCUGGGAUUUUCUUAGCUUCAAUUGGAAAUCCUUCGAAAGUACUACUAACGGAUGGUAAUUCUGACUGCGUGGAAAAUAUGGAAGCUAUUAUUUACCAAAAUAAGCCAUUGUUCGGUUCAACUGAUGUGUCAUCUCAAAGGUUACUGUGGGUUGAAAAUAGUGAUCUCUCUGAUCUGGAAUCACAGUUUGACUUAAUAAUCAGUGCAGAUUGUUUAUUUUUCACUGAGAGUCACUCUGGCUUGCUUUAUGUUAUAGAGACUCUUCUUAAAGACAAUGGUUCUGCCAUUAUUAUUGCACCACAAAGAAAAUAUACACUUAAAUCAUUCUGCAGUAAGGCAGUUUCCCAGUUUAGUGUGGCUGAAAUUGAAAAUUACGACUCAACUAUGUGGGCCAGACAUCUCAUGGCAAAGAAGCAGGACCCAAUGUAUGAUGAAGACAUACAUUACCCAGUACUACUUCUACUCUCAAAGAAACAGAACAACAGUGUCUCCUGACAAUGUGAAAUUU